GCCCAGCAGAAAAGCUUUGUAAAAAACAUGAAGUCAUAAAGGGUUUAGUCCCUGACUUUGUUUAUUCUCUUUUCUGUAUCUGUUCAUUUGGUCGAUUGCUUCUUACGGCCUUGUUGGUUUCAACGGCCGAACCAAGAAUUCUUUGAUCUAGAUACAAGUGCCCUUCUGCACCUAGGCGUGUGCAACAUCGUCCACAAUGCCGCGUACCGUGUCCGAUGGCGGUGAAGAAUUGCCCGGCGAUGACAUCUCCAGCCGGACGAUGUCACGCCGCCGCACGGAGAAUACCCACAACAGCUACAAGGUUGGUUUUCCGCCCAAGAAGGGCGCUUUCGCGGAGUUCUCCGACGGGUUGAAGGAGACCUUCUUCUCCGACGACCCGCUGAGGCCGUUCAAGGACCAGCCCAAGUCCAAGAAGCUGUGGCUCGGCCUGCAGCAUGUCUUCCCGAUGCUGGACUGGGGCAGGAACUACACCUUGGGCAAGUUCAAGGGCGACCUCAUCGCCGGGAUGACCAUCGCCAGCCUCUGCAUACCUCAGGAUAUCGGUUAUGCCAAGCUUGCUGGCCUGUUACCACAGUAUGGACUGUACAGCAGCUUCGUCCCGCCUUUGAUAUAUGCCCUGAUGGGUAGUUCCAGGGACAUAGCCAUCGGUCCUGUGGCGGUCGUGUCGCUGCUGCUCGGCACUCUUCUCCAACAGGAGUUAGACCCAGUCAAGGAUCGGGAAGAGUACACCAGCCUGGCCUUCACCGCCACAUUCUUCGCGGGCCUCACUCAGUUCGCGCUCGGAUUCUUUAGGCUAGGGUUCAUCAUAGAGUUCUUGUCUCAUGCCGCCAUCGUUGGUUUCAUGGCGGGUGCAGCCGUCACCAUUGCUCUUCAACAGCUCAAGGGAUUCCUUGGCAUUGCGGUCUUCACCAAGAAGUCAGAUAUCAUAUCAGUCAUGAAAUCUGUCUGGGGAAAUGUUCACCAUGGCUGGAACUGGCAGACAAUAUUGAUCGCAGCAUCGUUCUUGGCAUUCCUUCUAGCAGCCAAGUACAUUGCUAAGAAGAAUAAAAAGCUCUUCUGGGUUUCUGCAAUCGCGCCGCUUAUAUCGGUCAUCUUAUCCACCUUGUGUGUGUACCUCACUCGUGCAGACAAGCAAGGCGUCGCUAUUGUCAAACACAUAGACCAAGGAAUCAAUCCAGCGUCAUUUCAUCGCAUAUUUUUCAGCGGCCCAAACUUGACGAAAGGAUUCAGAAUUGGGGUUGUAGCUGGAAUGGUCGCCCUAACGGAAGCCAUUGCGAUUGGACGAACAUUUGCUGCCAUGAAGGACUAUCAAAUAGAUGGUAACAAAGAAAUGGUGGCUCUAGGAACCAUGAACAUUGUAGGUUCAUUUACUUCAUGCUAUGUAGCAACAGGUUCUUUCUCACGAUCAGCAGUGAAUUACAUGGCUGGAUGCAGAACAGCAAUAUCCAAUGUCGUUAUGGCAAUUGUAGUAAUGCUCACACUGUUGUUGAUCACUCCGUUGUUUAAGUACACGCCGAACGCCAUCCUAGCUUCCAUCAUCAUAAACGCAGUGCUUGGACUAAUUGAUUUUGAGGCUGCCUACCUUCUCUGGAAGGUUGAUAAAAUGGACUUUGUGGCCUGCCUAGGAGCAUUCUUCGGGGUUAUAUUUGCAUCAGUAGAGUAUGGCUUGCUCAUUGCGGUUGCAAUAUCUCUUGGCAAGAUUCUUCUUCAAGUAACACGGCCGAGAACAGCUUUACUUGGCAACCUUCCAAGAACAACGAUCUAUAGGAAUGUUGAACAAUACACAGAAGCUACCAAGGUACCCGGGGUUCUGAUUGUAAGAGUGGACUCGGCCAUUUACUUCACGAACUCCAAUUAUGUUAAAGAGAGGAUCCUGAGAUGGCUGAGGGAUGAGGAAGAACAACAGGAGGAGCAGAAGCUGUCAAAAACAGAGUUUCUGAUUGUUGAGUUAUCUCCGGUAACUGACAUCGACACAAGCGGAAUCCAUGCCUUGGAGGAAUUGCUAAAAGCACUUGAAAAGCGCAAAAUUCAGCUGAUCCUCGCCAAUCCCGGGCCAAUAGUGAUCCAGAAGCUGCGGGCGGCGAGAUUCACAGAGCUCAUCGGCGACGACAAGAUAUUCCUGUCGGUCGGCGAGGCGGUUAAGAUGGUCGCUCCAAAGCACGAGAACGCCUGAAGAAGAUAUGCAUCGAGAGAUGUACAGACAGAACAAAGAGACAUAUUUGGUGUGAUUUUUAUAGAGCGGGGAGCACAGGAGUGAUCGGCAUGGUUUGUGCAAAGGGGUAAAUAAUGGAG